UUCGCUUCGGUCACUCGCUGUGUGCUGUGUGUGCUGCGCUUCGGAAACCGAUUCCGAUUACGAUUCCCAGACCUAUUCUACGGUUCUCCCUCCUCCAUCCGAUUCGGUUUCGGAUCGGCGUGCUUUGACACACGCAAGGAAAAAAAACAAAAUGCGACACUGAAUUUAUACAAAAAUUGCUGAAAAUGUAUGCAAAAGUGCUGUGACAACCACAAAUAACCGUAAUAGUAAAAAGAGCUUAACAAAAAACAAGUAAAACGCCAAAUAACUAUAAACAAAGUCCAAGUUUUUUAUCAUAUGUAUGUCAGCGAGACAAAAACCAAAAACAGCCAUAAAAUAUUUACCUAAAUGAGUUUGUAAAUAUUGGGACAGUUCGAAAAGAAAAGUACAGUUGUCGGUUCUAUAUACAUAUUUGUUUAUAUAUAUAUUGGUUAUAUCUGCCAAAUAUGGCUGAAUGUUCAUUUGCCAGAUGUCUGCAGGAGCGUCGGCUCAUCAAAAGGGAACUGUUGAAAUGGUCCAAGGAUAUGAUGCACAUUGUGGGCUUAGAACGCGUUGCUGAGGAAUUUAUGGGUCGCAGGCAAUGGAAACACUACCAAGAGCAACUGACGCGCAGCCACUUGAAUAUCGAGGAGCAACAGCCCAUAGCAAUAGUUUCCGGUUCCGAGGACGAGCCACCGCAAUACAACCACAGCAGCAGCAAGGACCACUUUAAGACAGAAAGUCACCACCGUUUAGAGCAGUAUCAUAGCCAGCUUGAGGAAGAUUUUGAAAACAACCAAACAUCACACGAUUCAUCACGUACUCCGACACCUGGUUCCACAGUGACAGCCACCAGUACACCAUCACCACCGCCAGAACCCAACGAUUGGAGACCGUCGGCCAAGUGCAAUUUCUGUGUUAACGGUCGCCUGCUAACGGUGAAUGCCCAAGGCGAUUUGGUGGCCGAAACAGCAGCAACAGUAGCUAACAUAAACAGCUAUAAUAGUAAUAGCCACAUUCAUCAGCUCGACAGUGACAGCAACUCGAGCGCAUCACUGCCCCACCAAAACAGCAACAACAACAGCAGUAGCAACUGCAGCAAGGCACACAACAUUGCUGCUGCAACUGCAACUGCAUCAGCAGCAACACCCGCUAAUUCCCUGGAACUGUACAAGCUGCUGACCCAGCGGGCAGCCAAGAUGACAUCGAUGGACUCAAUGGCCGCACAGCUGGCGCAGUUCUCGCUGCUCGCGGACUUUAACUUGAUCAACUCGCUGCAGCAGCAUCAACAGCAGCAGCAGCAACAGCAACAGAUCGCUAGUUCGGUAACGCCAACUACCUCAGAAGUAUCUGCAGCCGCAAUCAGUCCCGCACUCAAAGAUACAAGCAGUCCCAGUGCCGAUGCACCGCUCGAUCUUAGCAGCAAACCCUCGCCGAACUCAUCGAUUAGCGGCGAUGUCAAGUCCAGCAGAGCCUGUGCCACGCCAACGCCCACGGGAAGGCGGUCGUACAGCGAGGAGGACCUGAACCGGGCCCUGCAGGAUGUGGUGGCCAACAAGCUGGGCACCCGCAAGGCGGCCAGCCAGCAUCAUGUGCCCCGCUCUAUUCUGGUCAAUCGGUUGUACAAGAUACAGCAGCAGCAGGACAGCGACCAGGAGCAGCUGGAUCAACAGGAGCCAGAUCCCGAAGACUCCAACGAUGAUGGCGAAGGUGAAGUGGACAGCAAUGCGUCUACUCCGGCGCCGGGUUAUCCCGCUGAUUUCGCCCUCCGAAAACUGAGUCACCUGUCGUCAGAGCACAAUGGCAGUGAUCUGGGCGAUGAUCUUGAUCGGGGUGGAUCUCCCAAGCUGGGACGGCUUCCGGGUGGCGGAGGUGCGAAUGUCAGUGUUAAUACCGAUGGCUUGCCCUCCAUACCGCUGGAUGCCAAGGUCCUGAUGCACACCCUUAUGCUGGCCGCUGGCAUCGGGGCAAUGCCCAAGCUGGACGAAUCGCAGACGGUUGGUGACUUCUUCAAAGGUCUGCUGGGUCGGGGGAUGUUGACCGAGCCACUGCUCAGUCUGCUGUUGGCCAGUCAAGAGAGCAACGGUAGUGCCUCGUUGCUGCUUCAACAGCAGCAGCAGCAACAGCAGCAACACGUGGCCGCCGCCUUUCGCCAUCGCCUGCCCAAAUCGGAAACACCGGAGACGAACUCCUCGCUGGAUCCGAACGAGGCGGGCGAGGAUCCCAUAUUGAAGAUUCCGUCCUUCAAGGUCAGCGGCCCGGCCAGCAGCAGCAGCCUCUCCCCGGGCCUGGGUCACCAUUCGCUGAACAACAACAACAACAAUAACAGCAACUGCAGCAGCAACAGGAACGGCAGCAACCGCAGUCCCCACUCCGCCUCACCCAUGCUGGCCGCGGCAGUAGCCCAGGGUGGUUACUCCGCCGGGAACAGUUUGCUGCCCUCAUCCUCGUCCAGCAUACAGAAGAUGAUGGCCAGCAACAUCCAGCGACAGAUCAACGAGCAGAGUGGUCAAGAGAGCCUAAGGAAUGGCAAUGCCAGCGAUUGCAGCAGCAACAACGGCGGCGGCGGUGGCUCUUCCUCUUCUAUGGGCUACAAGAAGCCGAGCAUAUCGGUGGCAAAGAUCAUUGGCGGCACGGAUACCUCGCGAUUCGGGGCCUCUCCCAAUCUCCUGUCGCAGCAGCACCAUCACCCCGGUCAUUCCGGCCACCUGAGUCACCUCCAGCAGCAGCAGCAGCUAAGUGCCCAGGAUGCGGCGGGCAAGGGCACGCGGCCCAAGAGGGGUAAAUAUAGGAACUACGAUCGCGACAGUUUGGUGGAGGCAGUGAAGGCGGUCCAACGAGGUGAAAUGUCGGUCCAUCGAGCCGGUAGCUACUAUGGCGUGCCCCACUCCACGCUGGAGUACAAGGUCAAGGAGCGUCAUCUGAUGCGGCCGCGCAAGCGAGAGCCCAAGCCGCAGCCGGAUUUGGUUGGCCUGACGGGACCAGCCAACAAAAUUCACCUGGACAAGUUGAAGCCUGGCAACCACAGCUCCAAGCUGAGCAAUGCCCUCAAGAACAACAGCCAGGCGGCAGCGACUGCGGCGGCGGCUGCGGCGGCAGCUGCUGCGGCAGCCACGCCCAACGGUCUGAAACUCCCCCUCUUCGAGGGUCCUCCUCACCAGCUUCCGUUCCAGUCGAACAUGUUCUGGCCCCAGCCAAAUGCCACGAAUGCCUAUGGCCUGGACUGGAGGCAGCAGCCACCACAGGGAGCCGGGGGAAAUCACCAUGGGCUGAUGAAGAGUGCCCUGGAAAUGGCGGAGAAUAUGUACGAUGGCAUCAUCCGCAAGACGCUGCAGUCCAGCGAAUCGUCCUCAUCGGGCAAUGGCAGUGCUGCCGGAAACGGAAGUAGCAAUGGCAAUGGCCACGGUCAUGCCCUGCUCGAUCAGCUGCUGGUGAAGAAGACGCCGCUCCCGUUCACGAAUCAAAGGAGCAACGACUAUGCCGCCACCUGUUCCAGUGCCAGUGGGGAAAGCGUCAAGAGAUCGGGCAGUCCGCUGGGCAACUAUGCGGACAUCAAGCGGGAGCGCCUGAGCGCCGACAGUGCCGGCAGCAGCGACGAGGAGCACUCCAGCAGACACACACCGGCCAACAACAACAACAGCGAUCUGGCGCACAACAAGAACAAGGGCAGCGCCUCCUCAUCCUCCUUCGGGGCCAGCGGCAAUGGUCAGGCCAAUGUGACUGCCAAUGGCAAUGGACGGAGCAGCCGGAUGACGUCGCGCGACUCGGAGACGGAUGCCAGUAGCCUAAAGAGCGCGGAGAGCGGCCACCACCACCAAAACCACAAAACAACAACAAUGGAUCUCAAUGGCAGUCACAUCAAGUGCGAGUCCGAGGCGGAUAUGGCCCCAUCGGGCAGUCCCAUACUGCACGAGAAGCUGGCGCAGAUCAAGGCCGAGCAGGUGGAGCAGCAGCAGUUAUAGGAGCAGCCGCCGUUGGCCACGAAUCAUCCAGCGUUCGCCUGGCCACCGCUGGCCGCCCACUACUACAGCUUCUAGGAUUCUAGGAUCGGAGACGGUAACUAGACCGGUAUUGGUAUGGGGAUUGGAGGGACUAAACCAAAUUAAGCCACGUUUUUUGAUAGUACCAUACAAAGCACUAUAUGGAAAUAUAUAUAGGAUAUAAACGCAAGAGUGGUAAAUGUGCGCUAGCUCUUAGUUAAUGUGUAAUCAACUACAUAAAACAAAAAACAAAAAACAACCAACAAACAAACAAAGAAACAUACAUGCAAUAUGUAUAUUUUUGUUUCGUUUUGACAAUCGACAAAUAGGCAUUCUCUUGUACAAACCUAAAGAAAAAAAAACAAAAAAACUAAACAAAUUUAAAACCUUAAGACCAAAAAAAACAACUGAGCAAAAACCGAGAACCAUUUUCAUUUUGCAUUUUUAUGUUAAAUUGCAUUUUUGGUUUAGAAUCAGUAGGAGGAUGUCUUGAAGUAAAAUAUAUGCAGGGGUGCCAAAUAAAUGGCUUAAGAUUUAAAAUCUUUUUAAGUGGUAUCCAAAAGUAUGCUACAAAAAUUAUAAAGUAUACUUUUGUGCAAAGUUUCCAAGGAUUUUAAAACCAGAGCUAUUUCUGCGGCAUCCCUGAUUUAAAAGAUUAAAAUUCUCUUGAAAAGGUGAACAAAAGUAGGCAAUAGAAUAUAUUUAGAGCACACUUUUAAACAUAUUUUCAAAAGAAUUCAAAUCUCUUCAAGUGUUUCCCAGACAUCCGAGUAUUUUAUAUUUUUAUUGAGCAGAACCAGCAGUCCAAUGGGAAUAUAAAUAGCAGAAAUAUAGCCAACAGCAAAGCAGUUACAAGCCAACAACUUAAACGACGUCUGCAUGGCUGUGCCUUUUGGCCUUUGACCUUCGAUUUUCACACAUUCCAUAAGCAAUAUCUAAAUGUACUUAUGUUCCAUAUAUAUUAUAAAUAUAUAUACAUUUUUUUUCUACAAUUUUCUAUGAAUUUUGCCAGCCAAUGGGACCCGUGCAGACGUCCUCGACAUAGACAGAAUGAGUAAUAUAGCCAACAAACUACAAUAACUAAACCAAGACCAUAACAGCAAUAACAGCAAUAACAGCAACAACAACAACAUCUACAAUAUCCGAUCAAUAACAACAACAACCAGCAAACAGCAAUAAUAAUAAUAAAACAAGAGACUCUACAACUACAAAAGAAGGAACACCACACACACGCAAGAAAUAGCUAAAUUCAAAACAAAAACGAAAAUUAACCACAAAAAUUCUACAUUCUUUAUGAUUUCACAAAAGUUAAACAAAAAUACAACAAAAAGAGAAACGAGAAAAAAGUAAAAGAAAACAAAAAACGGAAAUCAAUAAACAAAGCUGCCUUCACAUUUACAAAUUAAAUAAAUUAGUAAGCAAAGCGAAAGAGAAACGUUAGGACAAAGCACACAAAAUAAUAAUUAACGAGAAAAACAAUAUACCCAAAACGCAGAUCAAAUCACAAAAUUUCAAAAGCAACUCCCCCAUUUACCUUUGUUUAGCAAAAUUACAAAAAAAAUUAAGAAAACACCCUUAUAAAAUCGCUUACCAAAAUAACAACUCAUAUUUUCUUUUUAAAAAUUGCACACACAUUAAACUAAAUUAAGCAAAAUUAUAAAGUGUUUCGGUGUUUAUAUAAAAAAAAAGGAUAAAAUUCAACAAAAAAAAAUUGUGUUUAGGCUAAAAUGGAAAUUUAUAUCGAAAAAUUAAACAAAAAUU